AUGGACCCCGUCAGCAUAACGCCGGAUGACGUAGCUGAGGCGGUCCGUAGGGCCCCGAAUUGGAAAAGUCCGGGACUCGACGGACUGCAUCACUACUGGCUGAAGGGGUUCAUGGUGUGUCACGCUGUGCUCUCCCGACAGUUUCAAGAGGCUCUCGACCAAAAGUCGCUCCCGAGCCUCUUCACUACUGGGAUCACUAAUUUGGUUCCUAAAGACCGGGAUUCCACAGACCCGAGCAAAUACCGCCCCAUAACGUGUCUACCUACCAUAUACAAGACACUAACAUUCAUUUUGAGCGCGAGAAUCAUUCAUCACCUGAAUUCAAACCAGGUGAUGUCGCGCGGUGGUCGUGGAACCAAGGAACCACUCCUCAUUGACGCGGUCAUUGGCAAGGUGGUUAAACGCAACCGUCGGAACCUCUCCGGCGCCUGGAUAGAUUACAAAAAGGCAUUCGACUCGGUGCCUCAUACAUGGCUUAAGAGGGUCCUCGAGCUGUACAAGGUUGACUGUACAGUUCGAGACUUCCUCGGGCAGUGUAUGGGGCAGUGGAGUACGAUCCUUUGUCAUCAAGGCGAGCGGAUGACGGCUGCGGAGAACCACAUAAGGAUAAGAAGAGGUAUCUUCCAGGGCGAUUGUUUGAGUCUAAUCUGGUUCUGCCUCUCUCUGAACCCUCUCAGUACCUUACUGGAGGGCUCCGGGAGGGGAUUUCAGCUUCGGAGAGGAGGUACAAAAGUGACCCACCUUUUCUAUAUGGAUGAUCUCAAAUUGUUCGCCUCCAGUCGCUCUCAUCUUAUGGAAUUGCUAAACAUCACUUGUGAUUUUAGCAAUUCUAUUAGAAUGGAGCUGGGGACGGAUAAGUGUGCGAUCCUCCAUGUCGAAAGGGGAAGGGUUGCUAACUCUUAG